GAGGUCACGCGGGCCCUCUUCCCCAUAACCUGCUGUUCCCAGACCCAGGCCGCCCGCGCACCCGGGCGCAGGCGCAGCUGAGUACUCAGGGGCUCGCCAGCGCCCCCUGCGGAGCGGAGCGGAGCACGGCGCAGCCUCGGGCAGAGGAGCGCCUCCCUACGGACCGCAGCGGAGAGUGAUGGAACUAACAUGGAUAACGGAGUAGAAGCCCAAGCUAAUAACUGGAUUAUAGAGGUGUUCUCGGGACUUGCUUGGAGGACCCACCAGGCUCGGGACGAACAUGCCUCUCUUUCCCAUAGAAAGCCUUUCUCUCUUGGACAGCCUGGUGUUAGGGGAACUGUUGCCAUAAUCACGGAGAAAAAGCGUCGACGUUCUCUGGCAAAGAUCACCGUGGGGCUGAACAUCAUUGGCAUCAUCUAUGCCAUCUAUGGGCUGAUCACUCUGGUCAUUGAGUUUCUCAGUUAUGACUCUAUGUCUAUGCAACAAAGUUGGCCUGAGAGGUCUGGUAAGCUGCUUUCAGAUUAUCUGUUCAUCUACACCACCCUGUAUGUCUUCAUCUCAUGGAUCAUCCUCAGAUGGAACCACAAAGCCAUCUUUUACUCCCCGAACUGAGGGAAUGUUUCCUUCCUCUCCUGCAUCAACCCUUCGGUGACCAGUUCCGAGCCACAUCCAGAAAGGCCAGCAGGGAUGCCACUGAACACUGCGCUUGGCAGAAGGGCUGGUGCCCUUUGGACUUCCCACCAUGCAGCCAAAGUGGCUACACCCUCUCCUCUCAGAGGGGCUCCAACCCAGGCCUGCCAUCCAGGGCUUCUUGACAAGGGCAGUCAGUUGACCAAGAGAGGUGGCAAGGACACAGCACCCACUUAAAGGCAAAGAAAACCAUGAGGACCCCCAAUAAAGAAUGAAUGGGGAGUGGAGUGUGAGCAGCUGUUUGCA